UUUAGUUUCGUGAAUUCUCAAGAUUGCAUGCGUUGGUCUUCAACGGAUUAGCAAAGGAAAAUUGCAUAAUUUUUUAUUUGAAUUAAAAAAUUACUUACUAAAAUGAGUGGUCAUAAGAAAAAACCGAGGCAACGUAAUAGGCCCAAACAUAAAGCCAAUAGGUUGAAUGCUGAGGCGAGUCUCACUUGUGAAACUCCAGCCGAUAAUUGUAAUAGUGUAAAUGAUCGGGUAUCAGAACUAAAUAUCGGUCCGGAAGACGAACAAAACAGUGAAGUUCCACUAAAAUCUGAAGCGGCUCAGACACAGCAGAGUUCAACAGAUAAUGAAGCUAUUAAGAUUAUACAAAAAUUAAUUCGUGAAAAAUUUUUAAAAAAUCAAAAUCAAAAUCAAAUUUCUAGUGAAAAAUCUAACAAAAAAUGUUCUAAGCCAAAUUCAAGUGAAAAUUUGACAGAAGUGAAAAAAUCAAAAUCAAAAGAAAAUGUUGCGAAAAAUUCAAUUAAAAAUAGUGCGUUUAUAACGAAUUUACAAAAACAAGUCGAGCACGUAAUGGCAAAUGAUUCCAUCGAUCUAUCAAAUACAUUUUUAGAGAAUUUACAAAAACUUAUUAAUCAAACGCCGAUUACCGAUGUCGAGACUACCGACGAUGAAGAGGAAUACAUUGAGUAUGUGUAUAGACCACGUCAAUACUUUUCCGUUUCGCUGUGCAAUUACUGCAAAUGUGAUUUAAAUGGACAGAUGCUCCACGAGUGUAAACGCUGCAGAAUGGUUUUCUACUGUAAUCCGGAACACAUGAAGAGCGACGAGCAGCACCGGCAAUGCUGCUAUGCAUUGAGGCAAGUUGCCGAAAAUUGUGGUGGAUAUAUAUUCUACAAAUGCGAUGUGUUUACAAUGGAUCAAUUUCGAUCUUACCGAAUUGUCACUGUCCGACAAGUGGAAUCUAUAAUCAAUCGCACCUUAACACCUACCGAAAGAGAAAUAGUGUUAUUUCCAAGAAUAUGUACCAACAACAAAUGUAGGGAAUAUCGAUUUAGUAAAUUAAUGGAUUGCAAAAAGUGCGGACAGGUAGCAUUCUGUAAAGAUAAACCAGAUCAUUUAAAAGCAGAUCAUAUCUUAUGGUGCGAACCAUUUAGAUUAUUUAAGAAAUUAAUAAUAUUCCAAGAGAAAUAUGGAAGACUUGAACCUACAUUACCGUCCAAAGUUUUAAAGGAUCUACCAGGCGCCGUUUCAAAUACACAGCACAUGUUUUUCAAAUUGAAUUUAGAUAUCAAGGAAUCCUGUGAAUAUGCAGUUCUAAGUCAAAUUGCAACGGGUCCUUUGACGGCUUGGUAUGCACUAAAGCUUUGCGAACAGUUAAAGAGUAAUGAAGAAGUCACUAUACAUUUAAUUGGGGCUGAAAUUGAGUUCGAAGUCGAUACGCUUCAUAAAUGGGAAUUAUUUUUUUUACACAUAACACCACAUGUAAAAAUAUUAAAUAUAGUAUUUAUAGGACCUGAACUGAAACAGACAAAUAUAAGUUUUGAACAACUGCAAAAAACUAAAUGCUGCCGUGUAUGUCGUAAAAAUGGUCGUGAAUUGAAUUAUUAUUUUGAAAAUAUUGUUUAUCAUGAUUAUCGUAAAGGAAAGACAUUUUCUCAACCAAAUUUAAUUUGUUUCUUCAAUGCUGGACUAUACCGUUCCACUGGUUUUCAAAUGGAAGAUAGUUGGCCAGAAACUAUUGAUGCCGCUGUUAAUUUAAAAUGUCCAAUUAUCGUGACAUCAUACACUGCUUACGAAAGUCCUUUGGAUAUGAAACAGAUUUUACAAGAUAGUGGUAGAUGUCUUAACAUAAUAUUACCGCCUACUAUAAACCCAUUUGCUUCAACAAAGCCGGAAAGGAACUUCAUAUCAGAAGAAGACGCUCCAUUGAUUUUUAAAAAUUAUUAUUGUUUUGUAGUUGAAUAAAACAAAAUUUUUUUUCAUUUAUACAAAAAAGUUGAAUAUAUCUUAAUAUUAUAUAAAUUAUUUUUAUUAUAAGCUAAAGCAUGUUAGACCCAACAACUU